AUGCUGCGACUUCCUACAACUCGUUCACCGGCUCUUUUGACGCGUACCUUCACGGUUUACAGGCCGACAAUGUCUGGUCACAACAAAUGGUCGACAAUCAAGCACGACAAGGCCAAGCAUGACGGAGAGCGAAACAAGCUGUUCAACAAGUUUGCAAACCAUAUUGCCCUAGCUGUGAAGCUAGGUGGUGGUUCCACGGAUACAUCGUUGAACGUGCGGCUGGCAGCGGCUAUUGAGUCUGCUAAUAAAAACAACGUCACAAGAAGAGUGGUAGAAAAUGCAAUUCGCAAAGGUUCUGGAGCAACUGAUAAAGAUGGAGCUGGGUCCGAAGCAUGUGUCUACGAAGGCAUGGGUCCCGGUGGGGUCGCUUUUGUCGUCGAGGCGCUCACUGACAACAAAAAUAGAACAAUUGGUCUUGUGAGAAGCACGUUCACCAAGAUUGGGGGCAGUAUGACUCCCACGCUGUACUUCUUCGAACGCAAAGGUAGCGUGUUAGUUCGUCCCCCAAAAACGCAGUUGGACUUCGAUCAAGUUAUGGAGACGGUGCUUGAAAUUGAUGGUGUGGAAGACCUGGAGACACUGAGCCCUGAGGAGCAAGAAAAAGAGGAUUUAGCAGUCGAGUAUGGCUCUACCGUUUACGAGAUAACCACAGAUCCGGCGCACGCCAAUCUUGUGGCUUCCUGUCUCAAGGAUAAAGGCUUUCACAUUCAAGAAGUUAACAUAGGUUAUGUGCCCAAAAGCGACAUGCUAGUGGAAAUUGGUAACGACGAAGCCCAAUCGAAGAUCGAUAAGUUUAUGGCCCAGCUUGAUGAGAUUGACGACGUUACGGACUUCUACUGCAAUUUAAAAAGAUAG